AUGUGGCAUACUAUGAAGCCUUACUGCGCGCCACUUCUGCCCCAGUGCCCUCACUGCCCCCCCAACGCCCACUGUGUCACCACCUGCUGCUCUCUCAGCUUCUCCCCUGCCACCCACUGUAUUGACAUCUCACCACGCCCCUCUUGCAAUGGGAAUCAUCUGGAUAACUCACUGGCCUGUGUGUCUGCUGGCACUAUUGCUCAUGCAUAUGCCUCCAUGCACACCACUGCGCAUGCAUGUGCAGGAGUCCUCUUCUCAUCUCGCACUCAUCCCAGAACGUCCCAUCUGUCGGCGGAGCAAGCAUGGCACGCGUCGCAGAAGCAGGGCGUGGUGCUGUUCGCCUUGCCAGGGGAGCGCUACAUCUGUGCACUCAAGGACGACUUCUGCAUCACCUUCCAUGACUCCUAUGGUGACUUCUCAUGUUGGCUGCACACAAGCUUCACACAGUCACACCACAUGCUCAAGACGACAGAUCUCGAUGGAUUUGACAAGAGGCGCCUGGCGUCACCGGGCUUUGUGGUGGAGCUGUUGCUCAUGCCAGAAGCGGACCUGCCCCCGCCCCGCGCGCACAGCACCCCAGGCACGCCGCACAGCACAGCACAGAGCACACAGCCGAGCCCACAGCCAGGCACACAGCGGAGCGCACAGCAGCAGCGGGCGGAGCAUCAUGCAGCUGGCUCAGAGCAGAGUGGAGAACAGCGCGAAGGGGAAAGGGGACGAGAGAGCCGGAGCACCGAUGGGGGUGCGAACCUUGACCACGGGAUCAAGGGUGCUUCAGGGGAAGGUGCUUUGGUGGAAGGUGGUCAGAGGGGGUUGAAGGAGGGAGGUGCGGCAGAGGGAGGAGAGGGUGAUGGUGGUGGUAGCAGAGGGGCAGAUGGACGGAUAGCAGGGGAUAGCAGCGUGGGCAGUGGUUCGUUAGGUCAGAUGGAAGAGCAGCAAGGAGAGGGCGGGAAGGGAGGGAAGGCGGCAGGGGAUGGGGCAUUGGAGGGAGACAGGAAGAAUGGUGGGUUGGUGGUUGGUGAUGGUUCGAGGAGUGUGGAUGGUAGUCGUUCUACUGCUGCUGCUGCUCCAAAGGUCCUUGAUGCCACAGCUGGCAGUCGCUGCAGCAAAGAGGGAAGCGAGAUAGCAGCUGCUGGUGGAAGCAUGGUAGGCUCAGGUGGAGAGAGAGAGGCUGGUGGAGGGGGCAGUGGGGAAGCUUCGCAGGGAGAUGGAACAGAGGUGAAGUGCAGGGAUGCGCCAGGUGUGUCUGAGCACAGCAAUGCGGCACCUGUUGCUGCCACGGGAUCCGCUGGUCCGAUGGGUGAUGGCUCAGGGGUCGGUGUGGGCACAGAGAAGGGGAGCAGCAGCAGUGGUGGUGAUGAGUCUCUGUCGAUCACCAUGAAACUAGACUUUAUGAAGGACGACGAUGACGACGAUGAUCGAGAUGCUGGUGAUGAGGAGCAGGUGGAGCACGAUGAGGAGGGUGCGGGGCAGGGGAGGAACAAGAGGCAGCAAGUGCCCGCGUUCUCAGCAGCAUCACCACGCAGCAUCGCUCCCAGGAGCUCCUUCAAAGAUGCAUUCAGUUAUCUAGAGGAGCAUUCAUCCGCGUCAUCAUCAUCAGCAGCAGCAGCUAAACCCCCUUUGGCACCCUCUUCAACAACUGACCCAUCAAACCCCACAGCCACACCCCCAAGAGCCACCCCAUCCCUGCUAUCAGCCACCUCUGUACCAUCACCAGCAGCACUUGACGCCAAGGGGUCAUCACCAGCAUCGAAGUCAGCAGCAGCAGGAGCAGCGGGAGCAGUGCGGGUGGUGGGGAAUGAUUCGAUUGAUGCGUUGCCCACGUUUGAGGCCGCUGCGCCAGCAGCAGAGGUGUCCAAGAGCGAGGAGUUCUUCUUUGGUCCGUCCUCUGACUUCGCUCUUGCUGCUGCCAGUGCUGCCGAUGCUUCGCUCUUCACAUUUGGAGAUGAUGAGGAGGAAUAG